AUGUUGACCUCUCUUCAAAAGCGGCAACUCUUAAUCGACGAGAUUCAUCCUCUCUUAUCGAAAUGCCAGCUAUGGUCACUAGUCGCGACUUUUAGUGAUAUGGAAAGCAAUAUCACGCCUCCCAAUAGCUUUGUUGAGCCCCCUUUGACACCCCCACCGACAGGUAAAGUAUCCCUGUCGAGCGCGGUACGGAUUAUCAACAUUUUCGAAAAGCAUUGCCGCGGAUUUCGUCAAGAGCCUUGGACGGAGUACGUCUUGAAUCCCGACGAGUAUAAUGAACUACAGAAUCAGCUAGGAAAGAGCAGUAGUUCCUUUAGAUACAGAAAGAUUCGGUAUGAUUAUGAGCCCUUCAAAUCGCGCUUAGCCAUCCGCAUGCCGACUCCCGUCCACGAAACAUUCUGCGCGAAGGUAGUUCAGGAAAUCAUAUUGCAGCUUGAGUCAAUUGAAAGGCAGGGGGAGGACGGCGCCGCCAGUUUCGCUAAUGAUAUCAACUACUUCGCGUCAUCUCGACUGCUCCUCCCUUACGAUUCUGAGGAUGAUAAAACGUUAUAUAUUCGACGUGAGCCAGAUGCAUCAUUUGGGCACACCAAAGCGCGAUAUCCUGGGGUAGUGAUUGAGGUCUGCUACUCGCAGAAAGGUCAACGGAUUCCUGCUCUUGCAGAUGAUUACCUUCUAAACUCUGAUGGUAAUAUCAAUGCCGUGAUCUUUCUAGACAUAGAGUACCAGAGUAAGGAGGCGUCAUUCUCCGUCUGGCGGCCGCGCUUUGAAUUGGUGGAAGAAGGAGUAAUGGAGCUAUCUGCAGUGUGUAGUACCAAGCAGGUCUUUCGCACAACUGAUGGUCUUCCCGUGGAGUCAUCACCUCUGACUUUAAACCUCAGAGAUUUCGCGACUGAAAGUGAAGUCAAGGAGUAUUCAAGAUUUGAGCAGAACAUAAUUAUAUCGACAAGGGAUCUAUGUCGUUAUCUGGAUUAUGCCGAGAACAGACAGAGACGCCAGGAGCGACUUGAGGGGUCGAUCAACCCACUACCCAAGGGUACGCGAAAACGCCGUCGGGCUGAAACCCCUCCAGAGAAGAUACUUUCGGAGGAUGAGGCUAUCUUUCAAUCGCUGGAGGAGUCGGACAGGAAGCGUGUUUGUGACCCUGAUUAUCGCCCAGGAUCAUUGUAA